AUUUAUUGCUGUCAAGCUGUUAAAAGUAUCAGUCCCUUACAAUUUAUCAGUAGUUUUAUACUAAUUCACGUGGUAUUAAAAAUGUAAUCUUUUAUUUAUGCAAAAAUAACCCCACGAGAGUCCAUAACUGCGAAAAGACCAGUUUUCGUUCUUUCGUGCGCAUCUUCGCCCUGAUUGGCAAUACUCCCACUCCCAUCUACGUGAAAGUGCAUCAUUUGGAAUGUAUAACGAGUAGCACGGUUUUCUACUCAUGUGUAUCAUUCUGUAUUCUUCCUAUUCAACCGUACUAUUGUUUCACCCCGUAUAUUAGAAGCGAUUAGCGGAGUAGAAGUUUCGACUUCGAGGCUCGCUAAGUUCCCCCACCACCUGCGCGGCUUAGUUAUGAACUCUGGUGACGGCGACGGCAGGUACACUUAUCGUUGGGUGUUUAAAAAGUAUACAUAUAGUACUUGUGAAGAAUUUAUUAUUAUAAGAAAGUAGUAUUGUUAAUGAGUAACAAUGCGCAAUAUUGAAAUAAAAGCAACAAUUAAUGACCCGACAGAUGUAGUUUCUCGAAUUAAACAGUUAACUGAUACUGAUUGUGUUAUUAUAAAUCAGCAUGAUACGUUUUUCAAAGUAGCAGAAGGAAGAUUAAAAUUACGGAAAUUUAAAAAUGGUUCAGGAGAAUUAAUUUAUUAUAAAAGAUGUAAUACAUUGGGUCCAAAGCUUUGUAAUUAUGAUAAAGCGGUGUUAGAAGCCAAUACUUGUACUGAGAUUGAAAGUAUCUUAAGUGCAUCAAAUGGUUGUGCAGGUAUUGUGAAAAAGACUAGACAGUUGUACAUGAUUGGGCAAACCCGUGUACAUGUUGAUGAUGUUGAAGGUUUAGGACACUUUUUAGAAUUAGAGGUAGUUCUAACUGAGGAAGAAGACACAGAUAAUGGAGAGAAGAUUGCACAAGAUCUAAUGACUAAGUUGGGUAUAAAAGCCCAGGAUUUGAUAGCAGAAGCUUACGUAGAUCUACUUAAUAAAUCUUCUGUAUAAUUAUAAUAAAAUUUAUAUAUUUUCAUA